AUGGCCGAAGAAAGCAUCAAGAUUGCAUACCACGAUGCCACUUCCGGAUCCGGCGAUUUUGAACAAAAGGACAUCAGCUUCCUUGAUAUUGGUAGAAUGGAGGCCCCCGCCGGCGGCAGAGGUGGAUGCGGAGGCACAGGUAACGGUGACGAGGGCUAUCCACCGAUUUGCUGUAGAAAAGCAUCGCAGCUCAAGAAGCGUCUUAAAAUCAUUGCACUAUCACACAGCUGCGAAGAGCAGGAGAAGGCAUCAAAGAUGGCGCCCAAACGCAAGACACCUCCAGGCAAGGAUCGGGGCUCGGGAUCAUCUGCCAAGCUAGCACUCACGGAUUAUAUGCUCGCUGCACAGGCUGUGCACAAGCAAGCGGCCGACACCACUAGAGAGAGUUCCAUACGAUCCUAUCAUCCCACGUGGGAUCCUUAUACCCCACCUGAUCUCCGCAGAGAUCUGGAUCCUUCCCAACUCCGCGCGUUGAGAUUUUAUCGAUACGGUCUCACGAAUGCUUCAACUGAGUAUCCAGGACUUGUCAAGCCGCGCGUGGGCAGCCGGCGAUUUCCUGCUGGAUGGGAGGCUUACUAUCCAUUUGCAAGGGACCGGCCGAACGAUGCUGCCAACGCCACUGCCCAGGCCAGAGCGUUUGUCAAAGCCAGAAGACACCACAAGAGUCUGUAUUCGAGAAGCCCGGAAACCUGGAAGCGAGCGUCGAGGGGAUUCGAGAGUACAUGGAAAAAGGGCAGGGGAAAGACCGUAAGUAGAGGAAAGGCGAGUGAUGGUCUGUACUAUGGGCAGCAGAAUGGUAAGAGCAAAUUGAACAAAUUUGUGGAGAAUGAGGUUGCCACCUUCCAGAAGAACAAGAGGAUUGUCGACGGAGAAAUAUACGAAGAUGCGACAUCUGACUAUGACUCUGAUGAAGUCUAUUAUGAGGGCGCCGAUGACAGCUAUUGGCAGAACUACAACAAGCCUCAGUCCAGACCCUCUGAUCGGAGAAGCACAGUUUCUUCGGAGUAUGUAGCCGAUGAAGAGGCCACUCCACGCAGCGUACACUUUGAUGAAGCCAACGAACCACGGCGUCACGAAAGAUUGCCUCCCGGUCCCAAUGGAUCAACGAAGAAAGUUCCAGCAACGUCAGCAACGACAACAACAAAGUCAAAUACUCAGCCAACUGUAUUCCCUCCUCAUCCGCACAAUAAAUACAACCGCCACUCUAAGCUCUCCAUUCCGCGCUCUCCGCCCAUCCUCUCCCAAGCCGAACGGGCCGCCCGCAGAAAAUGGGCUGCCAGGCUCUCCGAAGACGACUACGCUCGAGCUGUCGCAGACGGCAUGAUCAUCCCCCUUGCCCCUCCAACUGUCACUGUCAAGUCCUCUUCUCGAGCCAAAUGGGAGACCUCAAAUUCUAGCGAUCAACCACGGCAAAAUGAUGUUGGGGAUGAGGCCAUGGACGAAUCUGGCGAUGUUGAGAUGGGAGACAAUAACACCAACGAAGAGAAUUCCGAUCCUAAUCGGAACUGGUCUGAAGGACCGAGCGAUAGUGACUCCCUUGAAGGUCUUGGGCGCGAACUGGCUGAAGUCAACAUUAGGCAACCUGCCGCCCCACAAGUUCUCCGGGGUCUCCGUCUUCCACGAGACUGGACUCCAGUAUGGCGAAAUGUCGACGGCGAAGAUCGUUGGCUCUUCUACGACCAAGCAGCAGGCGUCCACCGACCAAAUCUCCCAGAUCCUCCUCUCGAAAUGGGUUCCAUCGACCCCAAUCGAGUCUAUGACAUCUUCGAUCGGGAUAUGCUCCCAUAUCCCAUGCCCAUGCCAACUCCCCCUUGGCACCUCGAUUGCCUCUCCGCAGAACCUCAUGUCGCGAGAGGCUAUCAAGCUGUCAGAGACGACGCGGGGCUUUGGUACUACAUCCAACCCAAUGGCGACACUCUCUGGCACGCUCCACCAGGCAUCCCAGCUUUUCCAGACCUCGAUAGGACGCAUUUCUACGCGCAUGAUGGACUGCUUCAUCCCGUAAAUGAAAGUUCUCGCAGUAUAGCUCCAGAGCACGCGCCUUUGCUGCAUGAGAAUGAACGCUUCGGGGCCCCGGAUGAAGGGACUCGAGAGGAUCCCCUUGGGGAUGAAGAUGAUGACCUGAUUGUCACCGAGGCAGACUUGGCUCGCUUGGACGCUCAAGAGCGCGAUGCAGAUGGACGUGAUGCGACAGGUGAAGACGAGGAUCUUUUGCCGGAGCACGAAGAAGGUUACGGUGGCUCCGACCCCACAAUUAUGGAGGAGGACGAGGGUGAAUAUUCUCAACCGCGAUCCAGCCUGUCUUUGCCAAGUUAUGAAGCCUACGAGCCAGGAGGACGUCUAGCGGAGCAAGGCGAUCAGGAGGAUCAGGGCGCAGGAUACCAACCUCACGAGAACCUACGUCGUCGCUCUGAUUCUCUGCGUCCUACCCUGGGUCAACCAAUUGUCCCGCCGAUGGCUCCCAUGGGUGGACUACCAUACGCAAGGGACAAGUUCAUCCCACCGGUCCCACAGAUGGCACGAUUUGGUGAAGUACCCUUCCCGAGAAACGGCUUUGUCCCACAGAUUCCUGAUUUUGGGGGACUUGCCUUACCGAGAAGCGACCUCAUCGCACCGACGCUCGACUUUGAUGGACUUCCUUUGCCAAGGGGGGGCUUCGUGCCACCAGUACCUCCACCACACGUCACUGGAUCUGCCACUGACGGUACACGGAAUUCGCCUUCUCGGAAUUGGAGACAUGAAGAAUCGUUCACGAUCUCUCCGGGAGGUACAGUGAGCGAUCCGAAAAUCACUUCGUCGCGGCCAUAUUUUCCAAAUUCGCCACAGUACCAUCCUAUCAGUGUUUCGUCCGAGUCAGAUGAUUAUGAUGCUCAACAGGAAGCCCAAGAUCGGACAUGGGAAACGAAUCAGGCCCCAGACGGGCGAUCGAAUUUGAUCAACAACGUGGGAGAGCUGGGCAAUGAAGUUGCGAGGCAGCUCACUGAAGCGACACGGAGGAUUCUAGAGCUUGAAGAGUCUGCGAGGGGACACGAACAGACCAUUCAGGAGUUGCUGGACGAGAACGACACUGGGCAUGAUGCUCUUUUGGAAGCACAAGAUGAUGCAUUGAUUGCACAAAACGAAGCUGCUCGUUUGCAGACUUUGCUCGAGGCUCGGGAUGGAAUUGCAAAUACAACAACACAAGCCACUUCUCAGCAGGAACAGAAUCUUCUACAACAGGCAAAUGACAAGAUCAAGGCUUUGCAAAAAGAGCUGGACGACUGCCACAAACAUGGCGAGCAGUUGCAAGCGCACAUGAAUCAGAUGGAAAAGGAGUUGGAUGACUGUCAUGAAGAUGGCAAUAAAUUCAAAGAUCAGGCCGAGUCUGCAGCAUUAAAACUGCACGACUGUGAAGCGGUCAACCAGAGACUGCAUCAGCAGGUCGCUGACCUCGAGAACAGACUGAAGGUCUGCGAGCAGGAUCGUAACGGCGAAGAAUUGCUGCAGAACCAAAUCACCGAGCUCAAGGAGAGGCUGCAAAGCGCUCGUGGUGAUGGAGAUCUCGCGACUCAGCUGGAGCAGUGUGAGAGGGCACGCGACGAUGCGAGAAAAGACCUCCACGAUAUGUAUGGUGAGAUCCCCAAUCUGAGGUUGAAGCUCAAGGAUGCUUUGGCCAAAUCCGCCGAAGGCUCGACAGAGUGCCAAGAGAAGCUCCAGGCCGCAGAGAAGAGGAUCGCCCAGCUUGAGACGGAGUUGAAGGAUGCAGAAGACACGACUGCCGAGCUCUUGGGGGCCGCUGAUGAAGAAAGCCGUGGUGGCUCGAACGAUUGCUGCAAACACUGUAUGGACGCGAAAGUGCAGAAUGAACACCUGCAAGACAAGAUCGCAGAGCUGGAGAAUGAUUUAGAAGCAGCCAUUCAAAACCAGCCCGCCGAUGACGACCUUCGAGCUGCCCAAGCCCUGAUUGCCAAAUUGAAGAAACUCGCCAGAGACAAGACAGAUGAGGCCUUGGAUCUGCAGAAGAGCCUCGAUGAGUGCUACCGACAUGGCCGGAGACUGCAAAAUAAAUUGAAUGCUACGGAAAAGGCGCCAGCAGCCCCCGAGAAGAGUAGUGAGAAAGUUGUGAAAUUAGUUCCUGUCAUCUCGAGAAGCGAAGGCGCUAAAGCCAAAGCUGCUUUACGGGCUCAAGAUGUCACGCCACAGCCACCUAACCAUGAGAGGAGAAUGGUGCGAGGCAGCGACGGCAAAUGGACCCGUUCCACGACUGCAACGUCGCCCGUGGCUGCAGUCGAGCCAGUAGCUGAGGAGAUGGAGGAGGAGGAGGAAGAUGACCAAGACACUCUCAUGAACGACAUCAACAGCUCCGACGGCGACUACGACGACGAAGCCAGCUCAGCCGGACCCAGCAGAGCUCGCAUCUUCGGCAUCCCCGGCCCCGAUACAGAUAAUAACGACAGCAACAACGACAACCCACACGACUUCGACCUUACAGAAGAUCAACACUUCUCCUCUCCUCCCUUCCACAGCCCCACCGACAUUCUCAAAACUCUCCGCCGCCUCCGCGAAGCCAACCGUCGCCUGACGCGCAACCUCUCCAACGUCCGCGAAACCAACAAACGCCUCAUGGAACGCAUCCGAACCGAGGAAGUGCGCAAACAUACCAUUGUGGAAUCUAGCGCGAGAGAAUAUGGGGAAAGAGUACAGUUGCGAAAAGACUUUGAUGCGUUGGUGGAGAGAAAUGCAGUGUUGCAAAGGUGUAGAGAUGCGUUGUUGAGGCAGUUGAGGGGGGAAACGGAAAGGUUGAGGUCGAGGGGAAGAGAAGGGUUAUCGAUUUUUGGUGGAGAUGGGUUUUUGGAUCAGGGAGAGGAGGGGCGGAGGAUGAAGAGGAAGCGUUCGGAGGUGUUUUAGAUGCUUCUCUGAGUGUCUCGAUCGGGGGAAUAGGGGUGUAUAUGUGUCCUGGGGAUGGGAGAAAACUUAUGAUAAUGAUGUUCGGUAUAUCUCGUUUUAUG